AAGCGACGCCUGGUGACAUGGAAGGUGAAGUAGGGCCACGUAGCUCGUCGUGUCAAAAAUUUUGAGCAAGAGACUCGCUCUCUCCGAUUCCGACGAAGAAGAAAGUUCACAAACAGUCGUGCUUUGGUGCAGUUUCUUCAGCAAAUUUCUCCGUUUUUUAGUGUAAUUUAAACCCAUCUACCACCAUGGGGAUCAAGUUCCUGGAGGUGAUAAAACCCUUCUGCAGCAUAUUGCCUGAGAUUGCUAAACCUGAGAGAAAGAUUCAAUUUCGGGAGAAGGUGCUAUGGACAGCCAUAACACUCUUCAUCUUCUUGGUGUGCUGCCAAAUCCCCCUUUUUGGUAUCAUGAGCUCCGACUCAGCGGAUCCCUUCUACUGGAUUCGUGUUAUCUUGGCAUCAAAUCGUGGUACCCUAAUGGAGUUGGGCAUCUCCCCCAUUGUCACAUCGGGACUCAUUAUGCAACUGCUGGCUGGGGCAAAAAUUAUCGAAGUUGGUGACACACCAAAGGACAGGGCACUUUUCAAUGGGGCACAGAAACUCUUCGGAAUGGUCAUUACUGUGGGUCAGGCCAUUGUGUACGUCAUGACGGGGAUGUAUGGUGAACCAUCAGAGAUUGGUGCUGGUGUGUGCCUCCUCAUUAUUAUUCAACUCUUUGUGGCGGGUCUCAUUGUGCUCCUCCUCGAUGAGCUCCUGCAGAAGGGCUAUGGCUUGGGUUCGGGUAUUUCACUGUUUAUUGCCACAAAUAUCUGCGAGACAAUCGUGUGGAAGGCCUUCUCACCCACCACAGUUAACACUGGCCGCGGUACGGAAUUCGAGGGAGCUGUAAUUGCCCUUUUCCACCUCCUGGCAACACGUCAGGAUAAAGUUCGUGCACUCCGGGAGGCAUUCUACAGGCAAAAUCUGCCAAAUCUCAUGAACCUCCUCGCUACCGUCCUCGUUUUCGCCAUUGUCAUCUACUUCCAGGGCUUCCGGGUGGAUCUCCCGAUUAAAUCUGCCCGCUACAGGGGGCAGUACAGCAGCUACCCCAUUAAACUCUUCUACACGUCCAACAUACCCAUUAUUCUGCAAUCUGCUCUCGUUUCCAAUCUCUACGUCAUCUCACAGAUGUUGGCCGUUAAGUUCCAUGGGAAUUUCCUUGUGAAUCUUCUGGGGGUAUGGGCUGAUGUUGGUGGGGGUGGUCCAGCUAGAUCAUACCCCAUUGGUGGGCUGUGUUACUACCUUUCACCACCGGAAAAUGUGGGACACAUCCUUACGGAUCCCAUUCAUGCAAUUCUCUACAUUGUCUUCAUGCUGGGCUCAUGUGCUUUCUUCUCCAAAACAUGGAUUGAUGUAUCCGGCAGUUCGGCUAAAGAUGUGGCAAAACAACUCAAGGAGCAACAGAUGGUGAUGAGGGGUCAUCGUGAUAAUUCAAUGAUCCACGAACUGAAUCGUUACAUCCCCACCGCAGCUGCAUUCGGUGGGCUCUGCAUUGGAGCUCUUUCCGUACUUGCUGACUUCCUGGGGGCAAUUGGUUCUGGCACGGGUAUCCUCCUUGCUGUGACAAUCAUCUACCAGUACUUUGAGAUUUUUGUUAAGGAGCAAUCUGAGAUGGGUGGCAUGAGUACACUGCUGUUCUAAGACAGUUUAUAACUUGAGAGAGUGAGAGAGAGAGAGAGGCUCGUGUGGAUUGCAGAUAAAAAAGAAAACAACAAAUAACAACAAAAGACUUGCAAUUAAAAGUGAAUAAGAAAGAGGAAUUAAAUGAGAAAAGACAAAGGAUUUAUUUCUCUCAUCUCUCCUGGCUCUGGGCAGCAUGAUGGGGGCGCAAUUUGGUGUGUAGUGUAACAAAAUGUGUUGGAAUAUUAUUGUUAAACUACAUUUUCAUUACUUUUUUUUUUUACUUACAACACAACUCAUGCAGACAUAACGCAUUAAUUUAAUGUUAAAUGAGAGAAUAUUUCUUAUUUAAAUUCCGUGUAAAGAACAAUACAAAUUAAGAAUUGAUAAAUCA